GAGGCUCAAAAGUCAGGAUGCAGUCAGAUGCGCGACUUUUUUUGUGAAUGAAAGGAAACGAGGGGGUCUCCACUUUCUGUCCUAGACAGGCACUGAAUCUCGCCCGCUGGGGCCUACCGGACAGUCCGGAUCAUGACGCUGGACAACAAGCCCAUGGAUGAGGCGGACAUUGAAGUGGGGGGCCAGGCGGACUGCAGAGAAGUUGUGAGGAGGACAGAUGUAUCAGUGUUCGGGGAGAGUAAUGUAGACUUGGAGCGACGGCCUUCAUCCUUUUCUCCUGGCGUGCAGGGAGAGGACGACUUUGAAGUCCGACUGCAGGAGGGUCCCGGAAGGAGAAUUACCUCGGUGAAGCCUCCGUACUCUUAUAUCGCUCUCAUCACCAUGGCCAUCCUCCAAAGCCCCAAAAAGAGGCUCACUCUCAGUGAGAUAUGCGAUUUUAUCAGCCAGCGCUUUGUUUAUUAUCGGGAGAAGUUCCCUUCGUGGCAAAACUCAAUCCGUCACAACUUGUCUUUGAAUGACUGCUUUGUCAAAAUGCCCCGGGAACCCGGGAACCCAGGCAAGGGGAAUUACUGGACUCUGGAUCCCAUGUCGGCGGAUAUGUUUGAAAAUGGGAGUUUUCUUCGUCGCAGGAAACGCUUUAAGCGGCAAAGUUUAUAUUUGGCACCGAUGAAAGGCUCCAGGGCGCAGGAGCUCACUUUGAUGCCCGUUUUUCCUCUCCUCGGAGUGCGCAGGGUGGUCUCUAGUCUCCAGAGUCCCGAUUUGUACCGAGAUCAGGAUCUAGAAAGUGGUUUCGAGUCCCGGGUUAUCCCCAACAGACCACCUGUAAGCAGCGUCACACCUGCGCUUUCCUCGAUCCUCUCCAAAAAUUUCCCUUCUUGUCAAAACUUGGAACAUUUGGACGCCGGAUGCUGCGCCGCUGUGCGAUCUUUGCCUCCGACCUCCUGCCUCCUGCAUCCCGUUUCACUCCACGGAAUGAUACCCAACUUCACUCUUUCGCAGCUGCCUGCUUUUCCCGACGGGAUCUUUAAGAUUUCGUCUAGUUUAAUUUAAUCUAAUGAUGUGCGCCUGAUCUGAGACCGACAAGGCUACCAAAUACUGAAUCUGAUUCCCUGAAGUAAAUGCUUUCAACACGGAUGUUUUUAAAAUCUUUCAGUGUGUUUGGAAUAAAAUGGAUCAUUUUAA